CUUUACGACAGCCAUUAACCCAUUUACGAGGUUAAUGUGUCGAAAGGUUAUGUUGUGUAUAUAAGAUGUUUUUGGAGCCACUUCCAAACUCGAGAGUGUGUGAACGAACUUACGAUGACAAAUUCGCGAAACUGACCACGGUACAUGUAAAUGGAUUAAACUGACGGUUUCGUCCGUCGAGCGUAAUUGUUUUAACCAGCCGCGUGACCGACCGGUCGUGUUUCGUAACUAGAAACGGGGAUAACUAGACGGCAGCGUACGAUAUGUUGGACUGUGAUUGUUCGCGAGCUUCGUGAUCGCGAACGAAAGUUUUUUGGCUUCAUCGUUGCUCGCUCGCGACGUUACGGCAUGCCCCAGUAACCCGGACUCUGCCCCUGUACACACUGGAUGGCUGAUUGGCGUCGAGUCACAGCAUCGAUUGGUUCUCCUCUUCCCGUACCAACACAAUCGCGAACACGGCGAGUGGAUCCGCGUGUGUAGGUGGAUGCGGCUAUUUGAAAUUCCAUUCCAUCUUUCUCUGCUUCCUACGCUGCGCGGCUGAUCCACUUCCGCUAGGAUUACGAGUCCUGACAGGCGAGUUCUCGAUUGGAUGAGAAGGUGGGGAAAGUAGCCGAGAGCAAAUAUCCGGAGGGAAAGAGAGAGAGAGAGAGAGGGAGAGAGAAAGAGAGAAAGAAUGUUCGACGAUCGUCUGUGAUGCCGGUGUGAGUCUCAACGGCAGAAGAGAGGCGCAGGCUCCCGUGGGGGGCGCAGGAGGAGGCGGUGGCGUCGGUGGCGCCGGGGGGAGAGACGGUGGGGCGGACCGGAACCGGAAAUGGCUGCGAGGUGGCUCCUGCUGGCGCUCCUCGCCGCCCACGCCGCGGCUCUUCCUGAUAUCAUUAGGAUAGGUGGGCUGUUUCAUCCGUCAGACGACAAGCAAGAAGUGGCCUUUCGUUAUGCCGUGGAGAAGAUCAACGCCAACCGGGAUAUCCUGCCCAAGUCCCGUCUCAGCGCCCAGAUUGAGCAGAUAAAACCGCAGGACAGUUUUCACGCUUCCAAGCGAGUGUGCCACUUGCUGCGAAGCGGCGUGGCGGCGAUUUUUGGGCCGCAGAGCGCGCACACCGCCUCCCACGUGCAAAGCAUUUGCGACACCAUGGAGAUCCCGCAUCUGGAGACACGCUGGGACUAUCGGCUCAGACGGCAGAGCUGCCUCGUCAACCUUUAUCCGCAUCCCACCACGCUUUCCAAGGCGUACGUUGAUUUGGUGAAAGCCUGGGGCUGGAAGAGCUUUACCAUCAUCUACGAGAAUAACGAAGGGUUGGUGCGAUUGCAGGAGCUCCUGAAGGCACACGGGCCCAGCGAAUUCCCUAUUACGGUCAGGCAGCUCAGCGAGGGCUCCGAAUACCGGCCGUUGCUGAAGCAGAUAAAGAACUCGGCCGAGUCGCACAUUGUACUGGAUUGCUCCACCGAGAGGAUUUACGACGUGCUGAAGCAGGCGCAGCAAAUAGGAAUGAUGAGCGACUAUCACAGUUACCUCAUCACCUCGCUGGACCUGCACAGCGUCGAUCUGGAGGAAUUCAAGCACGGCGGGACCAAUAUCACUGCCUUUCGAUUAGUGGACCCGGAAAAGCCGGAAAUACAGAGGGUCGUGCAAGAUUGGAUCUACGGCGAGAAACGUUACAAUCGAGAGCUCGAUAUGGGACAGAGCUCGAACAAGAACAACCUCACCUGCAUAAAGACUGAAACAUCGCUUAUGUACGACGCCGUGCACCUAUUCGCGAAAGCGCUGCACGAUUUGGACACGUCCCAGCAGAUCGACAUCAAACCACUGUCCUGCGAGUCCACCGACACUUGGCCCCACGGAUAUUCUCUCAUAAACUACAUGAAGAUCGUGGAGAUGACAGGUCUGACAGGGAUUAUCAAGUUCGAUCACCAAGGUUUCCGCUCGGACUUCAUUCUAGACAUCAUCGAGCUUAACAACAAAGAGGGAUUGAAGAAGAUUGGGACGUGGAACAGCACGAAGGGGAUAAAUUUCACGAGGAGUUACAGAGAGGAAUACACUCAAAUCGUGGAGAACUUACAGAACAAGACUUUCAUCGUAACGACCAUUCUGAGCGCGCCAUACUGCAUGAGGAAGGACUCGAGCGAGAAGCUGACCGGAAACGCACAGUUCGAGGGCUACAGCCUCGACUUGAUUUACGAGAUAUCAAGGAUCCUUGGUUUCAAUUAUACGUUCAGUCUGGUGCCGGACGGACGGUACGGCUCCUUCAACAAGGGGACGAAAGAGUGGGACGGAAUGAUGAAAGAGCUGCUGGAUCAGAAGGCGGAUCUGGCGAUCGCGGAUCUGACCAUCACGUACGAUCGGGAACAGGUGGUCGACUUCACCAUGCCGUUCAUGAAUCUAGGGAUCAGCAUACUGUACCGUAAACCUAUAAAGCAGCCGCCAAAUCUGUUCUCGUUCCUCAGCCCGCUCAGCCUCGACGUUUGGAUUUAUAUGGCGACAGCUUAUCUAGGCGUCUCGGUGCUGCUUUUCAUACUCGCCAGGUUCAGCCCCUACGAGUGGGAGAAUCCCCAUCCGUGCAACGGACAGUCCGAGGUCCUCGAGAACGAGUUCACCCUGAUGAACUCGCUCUGGUUCACCAUAGGCUCGCUCAUGCAGCAAGGCUCUGAUAUAGCGCCGAAGGCCGUGUCAACGCGCAUAGUGGCGGGCAUGUGGUGGUUCUUCACUUUGAUCAUGAUUUCUUCGUACACUGCCAACUUGGCCGCGUUCCUCACCGUCGAGAGGAUGGAUUCGCCGAUCGAGAGCGCCGAGGAUCUCGCAAAGCAGACGAAAAUUAAAUACGGGGCUCUCAAAGGAGGCAGCACUGCCGCCUUUUUCAGGGAUUCCAAUUUCUCAACGUACCAACGCAUGUGGUCCUUUAUGGAGUCGGCAAAGCCGACGGCAUUUACAACGAGCAACGUCGAGGGUGUUGAACGAGUGAUCAAGGGGAAAGGCAGCUACGCGUUCCUAAUGGAAUCCACCUCCAUCGAAUACGUAAUCGAGAGAAACUGUGAUCUUACUCAAGUCGGCGGCCUCUUGGACUCCAAGGGAUACGGCAUCGCCAUGCCGCCAAACUCGCCGUACAGAACGGCCAUAAGCGGGGCGAUCCUGAAGCUGCAGGAAGAAGGGAAGCUGCACUUGCUGAAGACCCGCUGGUGGAAGGAGAAACGCGGCGGAGGAUCAUGCAGGGACGACACGUCGAAGAGCAGCUCGACGGCGAACGAGCUGGGCCUGGCGAACGUCGGCGGCGUGUUCGUGGUGCUGAUGGGCGGCAUGGGCAUCGCUUGCGUGAUCGCUGUGUGCGAGUUCGUGUGGAAAAGCCGGAAGGUCGCCAUCGAGGAACGGAAGCAGAAAUCCUCGGGGAAACCGAUCUGCGAAGCUUUUACCGAUCUACACUAGCGGACGAUCCUGUAGGGAUUCGUUCGCGAACCAAAGAUAAAAUAGAAACGAGCCAAACAAA